AUGGGCUGUGAUGGAAAUAAUCAAUUGUUUCCUCUUGCUUUUGCAUUAACUGAUGGUGAAAAUGUUGAUAGUUGGGGAUGGUUUUUGGCAUGUAUUAGAAAUCGAGUAACUCAAAGGAGGGGUCUUUGUGUUAUCUCUGAUCAUCAUCCGGGCAUUAUGACUGCGUUUGCUGAUGUUUAUCUUGGUUGGUCUGAGCCAAAUGCAUAUCAUCGAAUUUGUAUGCGCCAUCUUGCUAGCAACUUUAUGACUCACUUUAAGGACAAAUGCUUGAAACAACUUUUAUGCAAAGCCGCCUUAGAAACUAAGGUAGAAAAAUUCAACAUGCAUAUGGAGACAAUUGAGAGAAUCAAUCAAGACGCACUCAGCUGGUUGGAGGCUAUUCCCUUUGAGAAAUGGGCACUAUCACAUGAUGGAGGUCGACGAUAUGGCAUAAUGACUACGAACAUGUCAGAAGUGUUCAAUAGUGUGCUUAAAGGGGCACGAAGUUUCCCUAUCACCGCAUUUGUUCAAUUGACAUUCUAUCGAGUUAAUAGUUACUUUGCUGUAAGAAGAGAACAUGGUGCUAGUCGACUUGCUUCAGGUGAACAAGACACUCCUUAUGUUGAUGCUAAGAUUAAUGCAAAUGUUGUUAAGACAAGUUCUCAUGAGGUUGUUUUGUAUGACCAUUUCCAAGGACUGUUUCAUGUGAAGGCCAGUAGGGGUAGUAAAAAGACAUCAUUUGGUGGAAGAACAUAUUGUGUUAACCUACGUGAGUAUGGAUGCACAUGUGGCAAAACACGCAUAUAUGGAUUCCCAUGUAGUCAUAUUCUAGCGGCAUGUCAUUUUCGUUCAAUUGAUUUUAGAUCAUUUGUUCAACAUUAUUAUACUAUACAAUCGUACUUUAGCACUUGGGCACCACUGUUUAACCCCAUACACAAUGAGUAUGAGUGGCCACCAUAUGUUGGUCCAGUUAUUGUGCCUACAGAUUCAAUGAAACGUGUGUCAGGUGGAUGA